AUGAUCUUCGGCUUUACCUUUCAUCGGUUUCCGGUAGGACAUCGCGCUUUGUUGUCAGAAGGUAUUGUGGUUACAGGAAAUUCUAGGAAUGACACAGUGGAUUCACUUUUUAAUCAAAAUGAGAAGUCAUGGGAUUGGGACAAACUUCAGACUCUCUUCAGCCCAUGUAUUGUUUCUGAUAUUGGAAAAAUCUAUCUUAGCCCAGAGGAAGCAGAAGACAGAAUGUUCUGGUCGCUUGAAAGAAACGGCUGUUUUAGCGUUCGUAGUUGUUAUAGGUUGAUCUAUAGCUACAUUGGAUAA